AUGUCGGCUGGACGCUCAUUAGCACCGCGUCAGCCGUCGGGAUCGCGAGCACCUAGUGGACGGAUUUUUACCACUCAGGUGGAGGAGCUUGUAGUUCCUGACGAUGUUGUGGCAGAUUCUACAGUUUCAGAGAAGAGGCAUAGACUAACGAAAAAUUUGAAGUGGUCAAGAAAGCGUAAGUGGGGGAAAAAGAAUGAGGUAGUCAUCGAUCCAAAUUUGAGAAGAGCUGUAGCAGGAGAUGUCGUGCCCUUUGUCACGGAGAUGGGGGUAGUUCUUCGACAGUAUGCAGUGCUGUCAAAUAAAAGGUGGAGGGAAGUAUCAGAUCAUAUCAAACAAAAAAUGUUUGAUGAUUUAGUCGAAAAAUAUAAUGGCAUAGGGAAUCAAAAAGAGAAUGUAUUUGAUCACCUCAAAAAGAUGUAUCGAGAUUGGCGACAUCGUCUCCAUCUUUAUUAUUUGCGUUUUGAAAGUGACGAGGAUAGACUGCGUAAGGUUCCAGAAUUUGUUGCAGAUAGUGAUUGGGCCUAUUUAGUCGAGUAUUUUGGCUCAGAAGAGUUUAAGCGCAUGUCGGCUCGUAACAAACGAAAUCGAGCCAAACAAGGAGCAGCUACCAUUAAGGGUAGAACAUCAUUUGGUAAAAUUAGAUAUGCAAUGAGAGAUCCCGUCAGUCAAGCGGAGCCUAAGAUGACUGGCGAAAUAUUUCCUGUACGAUUUAUCGAUAUGUGCAAAUGA